UUUUAAGAACGUCGAGAUGGAGCCCAAUUCAGUCCAGUGGGUCGGCUCUCCGUGUGGCUUACACGGACCUUACAUUUUCUACAAGGCUUUUCAAUUCCACCUUGACGGCAAACCAAGAAUUUUGUCCCUUGGCGAUUUUUUCUUUGUAAGAUGUAAAGCAGAGGAUCCGAUUUGCAUAGCGGAGCUACAACUGCUGUGGGAAGAAAGGACUUCCAGGCAACUUUUAUCCAGCUCCAAACUUUAUUUCCUACCAGAAGAUACUCCCCAAGGCAGAAACAGUGACCAUGGCGAGGAUGAAGUUAUUGCUGCUUCAGAGAAGGUGACAGUGAAGCUUGAAGACUUGGCAAAAUGGGCCCAGACAGACUUCUCAAAAUGGAAACAUGGCCUCCGGGGCGAAGCCAUCAGACUCACAGAACUGGGAAAGAAUGGGCAGAAAGAAGCACUGAGUAGAUUCAGGCAGUCCACACACAACAGUGGGCUCAACUUUAAGGACAUUUUGAAGGAAAAGGCCGACCUUGGUGAGGCUGAUGAAGAUUCAAAUGUUCUGAUCCUCAGCUAUCCACAGUACUGCCGCUAUCGUUCCAUGCUGAAACGCAUUCAGGGCAAGCCAUCCUCUGUCCAAGCAGACCAGUUUGUGCUAGCCCUUGGGGGCAUUGCCGUAAUCAGCAAAAACCCACAAAUCCUCUACUGUCGAGAUACAUUUGAUCACCCAACUCUUAUUGAAAAUGAGAGCAUCUGUGAUGAGUUUGCGCCAAAUCUUAAAGGCAGACCACGCAAAAAGAAACCAUGCCCACAGAGAAGAGAUUCGCUCAAUAGCAUUAAAGAUUCCAAUAAUAAUUGUGAAAGCAAAGCUGUUGCCAAGGUAAAAUGUGAGGCUAAAUUGCCUUUGCCCAAAACCAAAAAUAACACCUGUAAAAAGGGCUCCAGUGAGAAUAAAUCAAAGGUUUCUGUAGGUGAUGAAUGCAGAGCAGAUGAACAGGCAUUCCUUGUGGCACUUUAUAAAUAUAUGAAAGAAAGAAAAACACCAAUUGAACGAAUACCCUACCUCGGUUUUAAGCAGAUUAACCUUUGGACUAUGUUUCAAGCUGCUCAAAAACUGGGAGGAUAUGAAACAAUAACAGCCCGUCGACAAUGGAAACAUAUUUAUGAUGAAUUAGGUGGUAACCCAGGAAGCACAAGUGCAGCCACCUGUACUCGUAGACAUUAUGAAAGAUUAAUCCUGCCAUAUGAAAGAUUUAUUAAAGGAGAGGAAGAUAAACCACUACCUCCCGUGAAGCCUCGAAAACAAGAUAAUGUCGCUCAGGAGGGGGAAAGUAAGAUAAAAUUGUCUGGAACAAAACGUAUCAAAAAUGAAAACCAAAAAAUCAAGAAAGAAAAAGACAAUACACAGAAAUCCCAAGAUGCACCUGAGGUUUCAUCAGAACAAGAGCAGGCUCAAGAAUGUACAACAGACCAGAAAAGCUUGACUGAAUUAACGGUGGAAGAGGAGAUGAAACUAUCUGUAGAAGGACCCCAGGUUUCCCUGCUGGACACAACUGGGACGACGUCUUUGGAAAAGAUGGACUUCAAGGAAGCGUGCUCAAAUGUUGAGGAAGUCAAAGAGGAGGAGAUGCCAUCCAUAGUGUCUUUUUCAAGUGCUUUGGUGCCCCCAGAAGAGAAUGCUGUCUUGGAUUCUGCAGUUGGAAGACUACCCAGUCCGUCAGAAGACCAAGAUGAGCCAAAGCAGGAAGAAAGAGCACCUUGUUUUACAGACAGUUUAGAAAGCGAGGCCCAUGAAGUUCCAUUUAAUAGCUUCUCCACCAUCCAACUGCCACUGCCAAGUCCAAGUAAGAUGGGGGAUGACAAGCUCCCAGAGAUGGCAGACUACAUUGCCAACUGUACUGUUAAAGUGGAUCAGUUGGGAAACGAGGACAUACACAAUGCACUGAAACAGAGCCCCAAAGUCCUUGUCGUGCAGAAUUUUGACAUGUUCAAAGAGCAGGAACCACCAAGUUCCCUUAAUGGGGACCCCAGUUUUGGUUACACACCACUCCUCUACUCCAAAGGCAACCCAGGCAUCAUGUCGCCCCUGGCAAAGAAGAAGCUCCUGUCCCAGGUCAGUGGGGCAACCCUCUCGUGCAGCUAUCCCUAUGGCUCACCCCCACCACUGAUCAGCAAGAAGAAAUUAAGCGGCAAAGACGACCUCUUGUCGAACAUGCCCCAGGCCUCGCAUGCCCCUCUGAUGGACACCGUGGCAGUCAGCAGGCCCUCGGUGAUCCAGCACGUGCAGAGUUUUAAACCCAAGAGUUCAGAGGAAAGGAAGCCCACUCUCGAAACCUAUAGGCACGAGUCGCUGCUCAAGAAAGCAGAUUCAGGAUGUUGUGACUUUUCCAAGCAACACCUGAGCACUCUGGCUGAAUCCUAUGCACUGAAGUCAGAGAUCCAAGACAUGAAAGAGCGAAUGAGCGAGAAACGGGCCCUGCACCACUCCCACAUGCCCAGCUUCCUGGCAGACUUUUACUCAUCUCCUCACCUGCACAGCCUUUAUAGGCAAACUGAACAUCACCUUAAUAAUGAGCAGGUAUCAAAGUACCUCCCACGAGACAUGUAUAGAGAUACAGAGAACAUUUCCAUGUUCCCUCAGCACAAGCACCAUGACAAACGCAACUUAGCCUAUCACCCCCCUUUGCACCAGCAAGAGAAAAAGAGUCCCAUGGAAGCCUCUUCUGAUGAUCAGCCAACUGAUCUCAGUCUUCCAAAAAGCACUCACAAACAGACUGCCAAAGUGCUAGGAUCUUCCCUCUUGCAUGCUUCAGUGGGACAGCCAGAGAGCAAAACCCUUUCCCAGUUCCAGACCUUGACCGGCACCCCUCUAAGCUUAGACUGUCACCCCAAAGCUUGCCGUGUUUCUCCCAUGACGGUGGCAGCCCCCAAGAAGCAUGGCGAGUCCCUUGUAAGGUCCAGCAAGCAGCAGAGCCUGAGGAAGAUGGAAGGCAUGGUCCACCCCAUCCUAAGCCACAAAAACAACGCUCAGACUGUUGGGGCAGCUCGGCCUCUGAAGCGCAGCCUGGAGGAUUUGGACAAAACCAUGUCAGAAAAGAAGAUCCGUGCUGUCUCGCCCCUUCGCUUGCCAAAGGAAGCCCCUGCGAAAGACAAGAGCCUCGAGCAAGAGGCAGAGGGCAGCAAGCCGGUGCCUGGCCUGCCCCCCGGGGGCAUGCUGGAAGGCCACAAAUUCCCCCUCUCAAGCCCCAUCUUCACAGGGUUGUACCCAGGGACUUUGUGCAACCGCAUCCCCACCGGGUACUCUCAUCCUUUGCAGUACUUGAAAAACCAGACUGUGCUUUCUCCGCUCAUGCAGCCUUUGGCUCUCCAUUCAUUCGUGGUGCAAAGACAAUUUCUAACGUCCCCUGGAAAUUCACAGCAGCUUUACAGGCAUUUAGCUGCGGCAACCCCUGUAGGUAGUUCGUACGGUGAUCUUUUGCACAACAAUAUUUAUCCUUUGGCUGCUCUCAAUCCUCAGGCUGCUUUCCCACCUUCUCAGCUGUCUUCUGUACAUCCAAGCACAAAACUGUAGACCCUCCCCAAUGACAACAAACAAACUACAUUCCUUUAGCCUGUGGCGUCUUGCAAAAUUUAACGCAAACACAAAAUCUUUGUGCUAACCAAUAAGCAGUUUAGUCCCUCAUUGGUGAAUGCUUCAGCUGUGAGUGAGAUGAGACUGUGGUUCAGCUGGGCUUUGUAUUUCACUUAUGGCUCCCCGUCUACUCCUUCCAGGGCCAUCUUGCAUGAAAGGGUUUUGAAAGGACCCGUAUCUUCCCAAAAAGAAAUGUCAGAGCAGGUCAGGAGGCAAGUCAGGCUUUGUUGCUGGCCUCCCCUACCCCUAUCACAAACAUUGUGCGUUCUGGAGCACUUCAGACUGAAAAAGAAGCAGGUCUGAGGAAAAAGAAGGUAGGACAUCCCAUGCUCUUUAGAUGUUACUUUUUCAAGUACCAUUCUGGUUCCCGACUUUUCAGAAUUCAGAUCAAUGCAGUGUACAGUGAAACUGCAUCGUUUUAGCUUAACACUAUCAAAACAGAAAAAAUAAAGUUAACUUAGAUGGUACAUAUCUACUUCAGAAACAAAACAAAAUUGAUUUGUGUCAAGUUCAUCCAGUUCUGUUCUGGUGUAAGUUCUUGUUUCCAACUUGUCCCAUGUGCUGUUUUUUAUUUUAAAGAGGCUCUAUUCAUCUGCUACAUCUUUUUCCUGAAAGAAAAAAGGGUUCUGGCUGUUGAGGGGCUUUUAAAAUUUGCAUCUAAGGUUGCUGUUCUUUUCAUUGCUGUUUAUUUUUAAGAGCAGCUUCUUGGAGUGGGGACAAUGUCAUUGUUUACAAAGCAAACACAUCCAUUCUCAGUGAACCUUUCUGAUGGAUAGACGCAUACUGUAAAUUGUGCGAUGGUGCAGCUAGGCCUGACAUCAGCUCCUUCUCCAGCAGCCGGAUCCUGAAAGGUGCUGAACCCUUUGCCUUACCCAUCUGAACGGUUCCCUUGUCGUACGGACGUUGCUGUUUUCCAGGCUGCUGAGAUUUGCCUUUCCUGUCUCAUGGGCUGUGAAUUUGUUAAGAAUUGUACUUAACCUUAUCUAGGCUGUGAAACUGUCCUACAUACCAGAGAGGGAACAUGUUGAGGUCUGCACUGGCAACAAGUUACUCAAUAACAUUGGCGUCUAGAGGACCUUUCAUGUGGGCUCUGAAGCUAUUUCAAGAAUGUCAGCCAUCAGAAGAGAAAGGGAGGGCAGUAUUUUAGUUAGAGGGGGCCUGUGCUGACGCUCGAGGAUGGCUGCCCUUCAAGAGAAGUUGAACGACACGGGACAGUGCCGAAUCGGUAGAGCUGAUCAGGGGCAGCUUUGGCCUUGAGAACCGCUUGCGCUCUUCGGCUGGUGGUUCCCUGCAGUAUGUCUGUCCCACAAAGCCUUUGAGCUUCUCAUGUCAUCCCCACAACCUCCUUUAAAUGUGUGGUUUAGUAUUAAACAUAAUGGCAGCUUAAUCGACAAGCCACUUAAGCCAGAGUAAUUAGCUUUUGACUCAACCAAUGUUCCAGAACAAUCAUUUUCAUUAUUACUGUCAUUACAUUACAUUUCUAUCCCUCUUUUUUCCCCUCUUGCAAGGGACCCAGGGGAACUUUUAAGCCUGAGCAUCCUUGCAGGCUCUGAUGAGAGUUUUCCUGCUGAAAGCUCAAAUGGUCUUGAGACCGUUAUUUCACUGGAACAGCCUUGAGCACUCAGUUCAUUGCAGGAUCAGGACCAGCUACUGAAUUUGAAGGAGACUCUAAAGCAAAGCCUUCGGUGGGGGUGGGGGGGGGGACCAAGCAGACUUACUGGCCUAUUCCCCUUUCACAUGGAGAAAGGGCACUUUUACCAAGUGCAUGCGCACACACACACACAGUGUGAACUGUAGGAGUUAGGAGCCCUCAAUUUUUUUGGAUCUCAGCCGGCUUCUCUCUCUCAGUUGCUGUUGUCUUGACUUGUGCAUGAACACCUAAACUGCAGAAAGGGAGAUUUUUUUGCCCCCUCUGGGGUGGCAGUAGUGUGGGAGAGGAGCUCAAGCAAUGGCUGGCAGAUCCGUCUGCUUCACAGUCAGUCUUAGUUUUGCAUGUGUUCAUUCAUAAGGCAUGUCUGUUCCAUUCCGGCAUUGAAUUGAUUAAAAAAGACCUGUAAAAAAAUUAAAUACAUAUUUUUAAACACAUUUUGUCAGAAAAUACGCAUUUUUCCCAAAGUGCACUCCUCUAAAGCCCUUUUAUCCACAAAUAUGCCUUUUGUAUGUAUUGCUUGAGCCAAGAACUGCAUCACAAAAAUUGGAGAAGCAGGAUAACAGUGUUCUAAUCCGCACAUCUGCCCACAAGAUGCGGAUCAGGUCAGUUCAGAUUGGACUUUGGAGAGAAUGGAUUCCUCUGGCAACCCUCGGUCAAAGAGCUCUUGGCCUGUGCUCUGGAGUAAACAGCUGACAGCAUAAUCAGAGGAUGCUUCUGCUGAACCAUUUUGUGUUGCCCACAGUGGGGAGAGGAAUAUUGGGUCCUCGUGCCAAUAAGAGAAAAUGGCUGAGUGCACAGAGGUAAAUCAGAGUUGCAGUUAGGGGCUCUUUUGGAGGCCACGGAGGAAGUGCCCACUUCCAAAAAAGAAAAGGAAAUUCCCUGGGACCAUGUUCAGCCCCCAUACCAUGGGUUCAUUUACUGUCAUGUAAUGCGAAGGUAGGUAGAAGUUAGAUCUCCAGAGAUGUUGGACUUCAGCUCCCAGAGGCCCCUGCCAGCAUGGCCAAUGAGCAGGACUGCUGGGAGACUGCAGUCUAAAAUGCCUGGAGAUCGGCUGUUCGCCCACCCUUGUUAGGGUGCACCAGUACAAUGGGCAUUUCCGAUCAGAUUCCCAUUGUGUUGACACAGUUGAGAGCUCAAGUCAAAGAAACAGCAGCAGCUUGCCCUGGCAGUAACCUGAUACAGAGCGUGAAGAAACGGGACGUGUCAAUGGAGGCUGUAGAUGCUGGUCUCUCAGAGCAUCCAAGGCCACCUGGUGUGCGCAGGCCGCCUUGGUCCCGGAGGCCCUUGUGGCUGGCCAUGCAACAUGGUUGUGAACUGCUGGUGCAGGGUAAACCCAGCUCAGCAGGAGUUGUGUGGGCGUUUACAAGAGGCUGAAAUGGACCCCCUUUCCCCACCCACUUGCCAAAGCAAAAAGUCCCACGGAAAAACCAUGCUGUGAGGGUGUGAUUUUUAUUUCUUUUGAGGGACUUCUCCGCCAGGGGCCUUGAAAUAUGGACAGGUACCCAGAGAGAGGCUGAACUUCGAAGCUUUACAAUGUGAACAUUGGUUAUGAUCUGAACCCAUCCUAGAUUGCAAUUCAAAUCAUCAAAACUACUGGAAACAAGUGGAAACUACUUAAUAACACCAUGCAUGCAUGCCAGAUAACCUAUAUUAAAAUUUCCUGUGAUAUGAAGCCAAUUGCAAUAUAUAAUGUAACCUAUUUAAUAUACAAAUCUGGUGAAAAUCCAGAAUAAUAGACAUCUACUGUUAAAGAUCAAUGUUAUCUUCAAUUAAAUGCUUUUAUGUUCUCGUGGUAAAACGAUAUUUACUGAUGACGCAUAAGCAGGCUAGUAGAAUUUAGAGCAUAAAUGUGCCAAUGGAGAUCGUGUUUUUCUGCUGUGCUCCAAACAUCAAACAAAAGAACAGUCACAAUCCCAGUUGCUCAGAUGCCACAGAAGGCAUUGUUAGCAAAAUUGCACUAAACCUGGCUGAUGUAAUCGUCAAGAUUGGGGAGCGGGGGAAUGGAUGUUGGCAGGAUUCUAGCAGCCUGCUUGCCCAUGAACAGGAUCACGUGCAGGGUACCAGGGAAUGCGGUGCAUCCCUGCUUCAGUCAGGAUAAUCUGCAUGUAGGGUUGUCUGAUACCUCUUGUCUGAUGGGAUAUUCCUUGUUUUAAAAGGACUGUCCCUUGUUUUAGAACAGCACAGCUCCAUAAAGCCUACACACCCUUACCAAGCAAUCCGCUGGUUUCUUCGGAGAGGUACGCUGACCAUCUACCCACUUCCCCUUCUCUGGAGAGGCUAGCAUUGUGCAGCCCCUUUGCCCCCAAUCCACCAAAAUCACCAGCUUGAUGUGCAGAUGAGGGGGCGGGACUAGAAUGAGCCUUAUUUUUACAAGUUUGUUCUGGUAUCUCAUAAUCCGUUAAGUCUUAACCUCAUGUAUUUAUUUUGCACAAGUCCCAUUUCAAUUUUAUUGCUUUGCUUAGGAAAUGGUUAAGACUGUCCUAAAACAUCACAAUGCAGGGGUAAUUAAUUUUUCCCUUCCUUUGUUCCAUAGAAAUCUAGACUUUUUAAAAGAGAAAGUUCGUGAUAAACUGGUCAAGUUGAGGGCAGAUGAAGAGCAAUGAGGCCAAAAAAAACCCACCACCAAAAACUAGGGGGCUGAGUAUCUAAGAACUUCCUUUUUUAAAAGAAAGAUCCAUGAUUUCCAUUAAGGAUAAAAUUUUCCACUGGCCGAUAACUAUUUUCAAUGUCUGAAAUGGGGCUUUGUUUGAGUUCAAGGGGCCUUAUUAUUGAAUGAAAUUGCACAAGUUUUUCUUUGUGCAAUCAAGCUAUUGUUAUUGGUAGGUUGGUAAAGGAAACGGUGGAAUCUAAUUGGCAACAGAGUAAUAAAUCUAUUUACCAAGAGCUGGUUCCAAGAAAUGUUGCAAUUCCAACUCACUCUGUUCAGGAUUUAUUAAAGAUUCUGAAGGCUGGGGAGAUUAAAGACAAAGAAAACCAUUUUUCAUAUAAUGUCUUGUUAGAAAAUACUCACUUUGGUGGCAAUGGGGGCGAUUGUGGGGGUUUUGCAGCUGGAUUCUCACUUCAAUCCUCAGAACAGAUAAAGGAAUUUGCUGUUUUAAUCAAAGCCCCAAAUGAAGUUAAGACACUUCCCCAGCUUAUGAACUGCUGCAUGAAUCGUUAAACAUGCAGGGCACAAGCCAGCAACCACGACCCAGGGCCUGUGUAAUGCUUUAUCUGGAGUAAUGUGUUGGUUGCUGCCACAUCACUCAGGGCCGUGUCUUCAUGGACAAGAGGAUCCAAGAAGCGUUUGUUGUGAUUUUGGCCCUGUUUUGAUCUGAUUUGGAUAGCAGGGUAGCAUGGUUGCAGCUACAUUACUCAGAAAGCACUGGCCUGUAGGUUAACAGGGGUGUCCUGGAAUGCAUAAUCUUGUACAAUCCAGACUGACUCAGUGGACGUCACUGGACGUCAUAGGUAUGACUUGAGAGCCACGCUGCCCCAUGCCAGCGAAAAGGGGGAGCAAGCCCCUUCUAAAAUCUCCUUGGAGAACGUCUUCAGCUCAGAUUCUGUCCUAUGCUGAUAUGUAGGCUAAUGGAAGCUGGCAUGUGGCUUCAGAAACGCUGGGGAUUAGAUCCAGAUAUAGUCAUACAUUGAAUAGACCCAUUGGCAUCAGGGGGGUUUAAGUUAGCCAUGGCAACUGAAGCCCCAUUGAUUCCAGUGGGUCUGCUCUCAGUGCGGUGAAAUGCACAUUCAGCCUUUGAUGUGAGGUGUGCCUUUAAAGGGAGAGGGCGAUUUUUUUACACCUUCAGUGUUUCACCUUGUUGGAGGGGUGGCUGUGAGCAUGCUGAAACCGGGGCCCAUUUCACAAUGUGUGUCGCUUGUAGUGGGAAAAUAUUUCACUGACAUGAGAUGCACAGUAUUUAAAUUAUCAUCAUAAGGCACUUCUGUGGUGUUUGCUGUAAAUGUAUUGGAUAUUCUACAUGUAUUCCCUCCCCUCCCAUAGUUUUACAUAUGGUCUAACAAAUGCCGCAUAAUCUACUAGCUGUUUAUACUUUGUUUGGAAAGUUCCUUUGUUGUAAAUAGUGUAUACAUUCUUGUGAUUCAAGUUAUUGUAGGUUAUAUGCUCUGUAAGGUGAUUAUUUGUAUAUAGAAAAAAUGGCCCAGUAAUAUUAUAUAGUUUCCCAUUUUUAAAAAAAAAUAAAGGGUUAUUGAGUAACCUUUCACAUUAAAUAAGUUUAAACACUACCAGAAAAAAAAGAAAAGCUGAGCCGACUAUAAACACUCAAUUUUUGUAUGUUUUCCAAAUUGUAUGUAUUAAUGCUUUUGAUACUGUAUUAUGUGCCAGUAGUUUCCCAAUCACAUAGCAAGCAAAAGAUAUUUUGUACUUUUUGAUCCACUGUAAUAUUUAAUAAAAAAAAAGUUACUAUCUGUC